AUGGACUACAUACAUGCAGUCAAAGAAUACAUGGACCAACGCGACGAGGCCAUGUCUUUCAAGUGCAAAGGCGGCAUGAUGGACUGCGACGGUGACCGACGAGAAUUCGCGCGAGCGCAAGCGCAAAGUUUGUCGGAGCGUUUGGAAAGAGGCGAAAAAAGGACGGACUGUACGGUGGAAGAGGCGUGCACGGACAACAUUUUAGGCGCCGCGUUAGCUGGAACGAGCGGAUUUACCACCUCGGAGAAGUUUGAGAAGCUUGGUCGACCGGAGUUGGCGGACGCUCCAAACGCGAGUAGGCCGAAUCUCGGCUUUUAA